AUGGCAAAUAACAACUCUGGUCGACAAGGUUUGGAACCCAGAGUUAUUAGGACUCUGGGUUCGCAAGCGCUCAGCGGUCCCAGCAUAUCUAAUAGAACUCUAAGUUCAGAGGCAAACCCCCAUUUUUCCGAAAAUGUAAAGGAAGCAAUGAUUAAGACGACUUCUCCGACACCCUUAUCUACUCCUAUUUAUAGGAUAGCUCAAGCUUGUGACAGGUGUCGAUCUAAGAAGACCAGAUGCGAUGGUAAAAGGCCACAGUGUUCGCAGUGUGCUGCGGUCGGAUUUGAAUGUAGAAUAAGCGACAAGUUACUGAGGAAGGCGUAUCCAAAAGGUUACACAGAAAGCUUGGAAGAAAGAGUACGCGAACUAGAGGCAGAGAAUAAGCGUUUACUGGCUUUGUGUGAUAUCAAAGAGCAGCAAAUAAGCCUUGUUUCACAAUCACGGCCACCAACAUCAAUAGAUAAUACGGUCAGAGGCAAUUUCAAACAGGAUUUGAAGGACGCGCCUUUGAAUUUGUCUUCUACGAACAUCUAUUUAUUAAAUCAAACGGUUAAUAAGCAGCUGCAAAAUGGCAAAGUCGAUAGUGACAAUAGUACUUCAGCAAUGAGUUCAUUAGAAGCACCACCUCCGCUGCCACACAAAGACCAUCUUUGUGAUGGCGUUUCAUGUACAAAUCAUUUACACGUUAAGCCCACUUCCACGAGCUUAAACGAUCCAACCGCCAUAUCGUUUGAACAGGAUGAGGCUCCCGGUCUUCCUGCGGUAAAGGCACUAAAAUCGAUGACGACUCACCAACGUAGCACUCAAUUGGCAACUCUAGUUUCUUUAUCCAUUCCAAGAUCCACUGAAGAAAUCCUGUUUAUCCCUCAGCUUUUAACCAGGAUAAGGCAAAUAUUUGGUUUCAACUCAAAGCAGUGUUUGUAUACGGUUUCACUGUUAUCUUCAUUGAAGAAUAGGUUGCCGGCUCCACGACUUCUGUUACCUUCGACUUCAAACACGUUAAAGGAGAAGGACGAAGGUAAGAAACCUAAUGAUGAUCCGGCUUUUUUGAAAACGUUUCAAACCACCAACCUCUCCGAUUUUGUUGACUUGAAAAGGUUUUUGAUUGCUUUAAAAUUUAACGUAAACUCCUUUUCAAAGCAAUCAGAAAAGCUGGCUAACGAUUACGAUAAUGAACUACUUUCCCUCACUGAAAUCAAAGAGCUUUUACACCUUUUUUUCAAAUUUUGGUCUAAUCAGGUACCAAUCCUAAACAAUGACCAUUUCUUACUAUAUCUUAAUAAUUUUGUUGAAGUCGUAAGGGAUUUAUCUUUAGAAAAUUCGAAGACCAGUAACACUACCAAAAGUACCGUCAUCACCAAUCAUGAGAUAUUCGCCUUAAAGGUUGUAAUUAUGUUACAAAUGGGGUUGCUAAUUAAGAUUAAAAUGGAAAAAAUAAAAUACACCGUACCGAAGAAUCCGAAGGCUAAAUAUGCUAGAUUAAUGGCAUAUUAUCACCAGCUUUCCCUAAUAAUUCCGAAAAAUCCUUAUUUUUUAAAUAUGUCCACAACAUCAUUACCAUCUUUACAAUUGUUAUCUUUGGCAUCCUUUUAUUAUCUAAAUGUGGGUGAUAUCUCGGCAAUUUAUGGGGUAAGAGGUCGUAUUGUUUCUAUGGCACAACAAUUGAGGCUUCACAGAUGUCCUAGUGCCGUAUUGAGUGUACACUCUAACCCAGUUCUACAAAAAUUCGAACAAAGUGAGAGAAGAUUACUGUUUUGGGCCAUUUAUUACAUUGACGUUUUUGCCUCAUUGCAACUUGGUGUUCCCCGUUUACUCAAAGAUUUUGAUAUCGAAUGUGCAUUACCAAUCUCUGAUGUUGAAUAUAAGGAUCAGUUAUCCAUGGAAAAUGAAAAAAAGAACAAAAAAGCUAAAAAGAUUCAACUACAAGGUCAAGUUUCAAGCUUUUCGUUGCAGAUAAUCAGAUUUGCUAAAAUAUUGGGUAACAUUCUAGACUCAAUUUUCAAGAGAGGUAUGAUGGAUGAACGUAUAACUUCUGAAGUAGCAUUAGUACAUGAAAACGCGCUGGAUAACUGGAGAAACCAACUGCCGGAAAUGUACUACUUUCAAAUAACUGUAAACGGAACCGUGAAUUUAGACGAGGUAAGAGCAAAUAAUCAGAGAAAUACUGAAACGACAUUUGAGAAGAAAGACAUCAUACUAUUUGAAAAGAAGAUUUUAUUACUGUUCUAUUUUUUGGCCAAAUCUAUGAUACAUUUACCAGUUAUUGCAACCAAGCCUCUGCCUAAAAACGUUGAUAAUGUAACAAAAAAGAAGCAGUCUAUGUUCAACAACGACUCUAAAGGUGCAACCGACCAGGACCACAUGAUAGUAGAUGUUGACAUGACGUCUCCUGCCAUAAGGACGUCAUCCUCAUAUAUCAUUUUACAGCAAGCUACCAAUGCAACGCUUACAAUUUUCCAAACUAUCAAUUCGAUGUAUUUGCCAUUGCCUUUGAAUGUAUCAAGAACGUUAAUCAGGUUUUCUUUGCUAUGUGCCAGAGGUUCUUUGGAAUAUACCAAAGGCGGUGCUUUGUUCUUAGAUAAUAAAAAUCUCCUUCUCGACACCAUCAAAGACAUCGAAAACGAUAGGCUUCUGGAUUUGCCUGGAAUUGCCUCUUGGCACACAUUAAAACUAUUUGAUAUGACCAUUAACCUAUUGUUGAAAGCACCUAAUGUAAAAGUUGAAAGACUGGACAAAUUCCUGGAAAAGAAAUUGAAUUACUACAACAGAUUGAUGGGGUUACCGCCUGCCACGACUACAUCAUUAAAACCACUUUUUGGCUCUCAAUCGAAGAACAGCGCAGAAAAUAGAUCAAGUAAAUCUAUUGUCAAAAGGGAAAAUCCAGAACACGAGUAUCUUUAUGGAAACGGCGGUAGUAAUGACGAUAAUCCUGAAUCGGAUCAGUCACCAAUGACAAAUGCAAGCAACGGUAAUAAGAGAUUAAAAUAUGAAAACGACACGAAACGAAAUGUAGACAAUGACAGUAUAGUCAAAGGCCAGAAUGCAUCAAGUCUCCAGAAUGAUAAUAAGAAAAACGUGUCGACCAGCAAUCUGUUUCCAUUCUCAUUUAGUAAUACCGACCUCACUGCAUUGUUUACCCAUCCUGAAGGACCAAAUUGUACGAAUAGUCAUAACAACAACGUGGAUGAGAGUAAUAGAGCUUUGACGGGUACCGCAGAUGCCAAUAUUGGGAACCUAAGUUUUUUAAAUAUGGCACCAUUCUUGCAGGCUGGUAACUCGAAUACAGGUCAAAAUGCGGUUGAUAAUAAGCUUAUGCAUAUGGAUGCGAUAUUCAGCCUGCCAAGUAAUUUAGAUCUCAUAAAGGAUAAUGUGGACCCUAAACCAGAACGGUUAGAACCAGUGGUUAACCAAAACCCUGGGCGUUUAGAAAACAGUCAAUUGCAGCAGAAAGAUAAAGGUACGAAUAUGGAAAAGAAUAAUUUAGGUUUCAGCAGCAAGAGUAACUAUAGCUUGACAAAGCUAAUGAGAUUGCUGAACAACGACAAUUCCUUCUCCAACAUUAGUAUCAACAACUUUCUGUAUCAGAAUGAUCAGAGCUCUACAUCACGGGAUCCAGGAUCAAAUAAAAAAGCCGCUACAAACACUGGCUCCAAUUUUAAACCACCUUCAACUGCUAGUAAUACCAGCCAAAGCAGCAUCCUUGGAAGCACGAAGCAUGGAAUGGACAACUGUGAUUUUAACGAUUUGGGGAACUUCAACAAUUUUAUGACAAAUGUCAAUUAUUCUGGGGUGGACUAUGACUACAUAGUAGACGCAUCACUUGGGUUAGCUCCUUUAUUGGUGGAUACGCCCGAUAUUUCAAAUACUAACACGACAUCUACUACAUCAAAUCGAAGUAAAAACAGUAUCAUCUUGGAUACAACGUUUAAUGAUGACUCGGAUCGAUCGCACAUGAAUGCCAGAGAAGUAUUGAACCCCACCGACUCAAUUUUGAGUCAAGGAAUAAUAUCCUCUAUAGGUACUAGAACUACCAGUAAUCAAAGAUCCCUAUCAUCAGGCAAUAAUUCAAAAGGUGACAGUAACUCCCAAGAGAACCCAGACAGUACAAACGGUCAUCAGCUGGAUACACCUUCUACACUGUUUCAAAUGAGAAGGACUUCCUCAGGGCCUUCAGCGUCCCACCGCGGUCCAAGACGCCCUCAGAAAAAUCGUUACAAUACAGAUAGAUCAAAAAGUUCUAGUGGUGGAAGCUCCAACACCAAUAAUAUACCUGAUUUGUUCCAAUGGCAAAACGCCAAAUAA